AUGAAUCCAUCUUCCAACUUUGAUACUUUAAUUAUAUUUGGCAGGCAAAAUAUCGAAAAAAGCUCUGAUUACUAUAAGAUUUGCAUUAAUUCGAUUGCUGUUGCCAGAAAACCUUUGAAAUGGCAUAUGUGACGAUUCUUUCAACACUCAAAAUUGUGGCUUUGACUGGAGGAGAUUGCACUUGCGGUCCUGGCUGCUUAA